CUGCCCCUGCUGUCCUCGAAUUGCAGCGGGACUGAAUAUUUACCAACAGCAGAUCACUUCACGCCGAACCAGAUUUUAUUCUGAUCGACCCACUAUUUCAAAUUAAUAUAAAACCCAAUUACCCAAUCAUCACGAAUUAUACAGACAACAUUAAAUUUAAAUUUCAGAAUGAACCAGUGAAAUUAAAACUAUCAAAAUUAGUACAUAUAAUUACAACACGCAACAGAGUUUGCGAAAUCUGCCUGGCCUCACUUGCUCCUAUAUUCAGACGACGUUGAUGUUCCGUGGAUGUCUGGAAGAAGUACCAAACAUCGUGAUGAUCGAAAUCCCAAAGAUGGAAAUAAAUCGGGCAGUAAUCCAUGGGGCCGAGAUCGACAUUGUGAGAAAGAAUCAGAGAAGAGAUCCAGUAGUAGUCAUCGACAGAAAGAGAAUGACCGGGGGGAUGCAGGCCCGAAUACAGAACGUGACAGAAAUCGCCAACGACUAGACCGUGACCGUAGUCGGAAUGACACGGAUUGUGACCCUGAACAUCGACGCCGACCCCGAGAAAGAGACGAGAAGUCAUCCACUGGUGGCGACUCUGGUUCAAUCCAAGGACCAGUUGUCCUACUAAGGAGGCCACCACCUGGGGGGCCUGCUGCUACCAGUACUACCACUGUCCCUUCCACCAGUUCGUCUUCUUCGUCCCAGUCCGUCAGGACUUUAGAAAAGAAGGAUAUAUUAGAUAGAAAGGAGGAUGGCAAUGGGAAAGAAGUAAAAGUGAAAGCACAGAGUGCAAGAUUAGAAAAAUGCCCAUCUUCAUCAUCUGUGGGACCUGGCCCAAUCGUUUUACAGCGACCGUCAAAAAAGUCUUCAAAAUCGUCUGACAAGCAGUCAAAGGACUCGCAGAAGAAAUCAGCAGAAAUUGUAAAUAUUGAAAAACCCAAGUUGAGCGCUGAAGAGCUCGCUCGAAAGUUGUUGGAACCGUUUUGUUUUCCAGAAGAAUUUGCAAUUCCUGUGAUUGACAAUAAGCUAAAAAUCCGACCCGCUGAUACUUUCAAUUUUUUCUUGAAUAGGGGAAAACGAACUGGCGAUUAUUUUGUGAUUGCUAUUCUAGGGAGACCCUUGACAGGAAAAUCUACAAUUUUAUCAUACUUGGCAAACAAUCCUAGAAAUGAGAGAAAAUUACAAAUAUUCUCUGACAGAUCUCCCAUUAAUGAAAUGGAGUCUUUUAUGUAUAUUACAGAAGAGAAUGUCAUUUUUAUCGAAAUGUCGUCAAUUUUUAGCUGUGAUGCUGCAUUUGACCUAGCAUUACAGCAAGGGACCCUUGAGAAUACUUCAAUGACGUGGAAUUUGAAAUUGAUGCGUUGGGCACUGGCUAUUAGUCAUGUUGUAUUGCUUGUUAGUGACACUCUUCUAGAUCCAAAUAUAUGCCAGCUAGUAAGCUCAGCGGAAAUGAUACAUCCCCUGGAGUCUGCCUUAGGAGAGGGUGUAUAUCCUGAAAUUAUUUUCGUGUAUAACAGAGUAACUCAAUCAGAAUUAAAUGAUUACAAACUGACAGAAAAUCUUGAGUUCCUUCUUAGUACUACUUCAGGAAGAGAUCCUAGAAUCAAGCCAAAUUUUUUCUUAGUGCCAGAUGCCAAAUUGAUAUCUUACGCAAAGAGACUUGCGGACCUCAAAAGAACAAUAUCUAAAUUUAUUCGCCAUAAUCGUGCGCCUCAUUUGAAAGACAUUCCAUUCUCUAAAAUUCCUCAGCGCUACAAUGCUUAUGAUUGGUACUGCAACGCCACGAAAGUAUGGGAUUCAAUGCAACAUCCCAACUACUUUGCAGCUUACGUAAAACUAUUUCCUUAGAUUGAUUUUUAGUAUUAAACAAAUAUAUAAUGUCAAAUGUAUUACAAAUAAACCUUGUGUAACAUUUCAAGCAAGUAUUUCUGUUUAGGAAUAAUAAAUAUUAUGUCACCACAAAUGCAAAA